CAACUGCCUUAUUUGAAUCAUUUGCUCUCAACCAACCUUCCUCACCAACCGCACACAACGUUGAUCCAAAUUUCUAUUAAUAGCAUCGUUUUCCUUUCUCCUACAACUCCCACAAAAACAAAAGACCAAUAUAGUUCUAAUUCCUUCAACUAAAAAUGGCCCUAUUCAAAACCAGCUCCAUUCAUGACCCACUCAAUUGGGGUGUGGCUGCCGAUUCCCUCAAGGGAAGCCACUUUGAUGAGGUGAAGCGCAUGGUAGAGGAGUAUGAGAGGCCCCGUGUCCAGCUUGACGGUGAGACACUCACUAUCUCUCAAGUUGCUGCUAUUGCUACUAGGACUUCUGAUGUUAUUGUCGAGCUUUCAGAGUCUACUAGACUUGGUGUUAAAGCUAGUAGUGAUUGGAUUAUGGAGAGUUUAAAUAAAGGAACCGAUAGUUAUGGCAUCACUACUGGAUUUGGUGCUACGUCUCAUAGAAGAACCAAACAAGGUGAGGCCCUCCAAAAGGAGCUUAUUAGAUUCUUAAAUGCUGGGAUAUUUGAUAGUGGGACUGAGUCAAGCCAUACUUUGUCCCACUCGGCUACGAGGGCAGCCAUGUUGGUGAGGACUAAUACCCUUCUUCAAGGCUACUCAGGUAUUAGAUUUGAGAUUUUGGAAGCCAUAACAAAACUUUUGAAUCAUAACAUCACUCCAUGUUUGCCUCUUCGUGGAACUGUUACUGCCUCUGGGGAUCUUGUUCCUCUUUCUUACAUUGCUGGAUUGCUUACUGGUCGACCAAACUCUAAAGCUACUGGUCCAAAUGGUGAAAAUCUUGAUGCAAAAGAGGCUUUUAUACAUGCCGGUAUUACUUCUGGGUUCUUUGAGUUUCAACCUAAGGAGGGUUUUGCUCUUGUCAAUAGCACUGCUGUUGGUUCUGGAUUGGCUUCUAUUGUUCUAUUUGAAGCAAAUAUUUUAGCUGUUUUGUCUGAGAUUUUGUCGGGCAUCUUUGCUGAAGUUAUGCAAGGAAAGUCUGAAUUUACUGACCAUUUAACCCAUAAAUUGAAGCAUCAUCCUGGACAGAUUGAAGCAGCCGCAAUCAUGGAACACAUUUUAGAUGGGAGUUCUUACAUGAAAACGGCUAAGAAGUUGCAUGAAAUGGAUCCUCUUCAGAAGCCAAAACAAGAUCGCUAUGCUCUUAGAACUGCGCCUCAAUGGCUUGGUCCAUUAAUUGAAGUUAUUCGGUUCUCAACAAAAUCCAUUGAGCGAGAGAUUAAUUCAGUCAACGAUAACCCUUUGAUUGAUGUUUCAAGGAACAAAGCUUUACAUGGAGGCAACUUUCAAGGAACUCCAAUUGGAGUUUCUAUGGACAACACUCGUCUUGCUAUUGCUUCAAUUGGAAAGCUCAUGUUUGCUCAAUUCUCAGAACUCGUCAAUGAUUUCUACAGCAACGGUUUGCCUUCUAAUCUUUCUGCAAGUAGAAACCCAAGCUUGGAUUAUGGGUUUAAAGGUGCUGAAAUCGCUAUGGCUUCAUAUUGCUCUGAGCUUCAAUAUCUCGCAAAUCCAGUGACAAGUCAUGUUCAGAGUGCUGAGCAACACAACCAAGAUAUUAACUCUCUUGGUUUAAUUUCCUCGAGAAAAACUGCUGAAGCCAUUGACAUUCUAAAACUCAUGUCUUCUACAUUUUUAGUUGCUUUAUGCCAAGCAAUUGACUUAAGGCAUUUAGAGGAAAACUUGAAGAGCACUGUUAAAAGCACUGUAAGCCUAGUAGCACAGAAGGUGCUGAUAACGUCCUCUAAUGGUGCACUUGAUCCUUCAAGAUUGUUCGAGAAAAACUUAUUGAAAGUUGUCGAUAGAGAGUACACUUUUGCCUAUAUAGAUGACCCAUGCAGUGCUAUUUAUCCAUUGAUGCAAGGAUUGAGACAAGUUUUUAUUGAGCAUACACUUGCUAAUAGUGAUGAUGAGAAUAAUGCAAACACUCCAAUCUUCCAAAAGAUUGCUAUUUUCGAAGAGGAAUUAAAGGCAACUUUGUCAGAUAAAGUUGAAAGUACAAGGUUGGCCUAUGAAAGUGGAAAUGCGUUGAUUAAGAACCAAAUUGAAGAAUGCAGAUCUUACCCAUUAUAUAGAUUUGUGAGAGAAGAGUUGGGAAUAAAAUUAUUAACCGGUGAAAAGGUGAUAUCUCCAGGAGAAGAGUGUGAAAAAGUAUUCGCAGCUUUGUGUAAGGGAAAAAUGAUCCAUUCUAUCUUAGAAUGUUUAAAGGAGUGGAAUGGUGCUCCGAUUCCUAUAAGUUAGGCCAUUGUGUGAUUUGUUUGAAAGAUGUCAGUGCCCCUCUUUUGACGAUGAUCCAUAAAGUUUUUGUUAUGUUUUUCUUAUCUUUACUUUUAAGAAUUGUUUCCUA